AUGCAUGUUUCUUCACGCUAUCUGGACUUGACCAGACAGAAAUUAGAAUUGACAAGACUACCGCGCGAGCUGCAACUUCCGCAGCACAGGAAGUGGCAGUACGGGACCCCGAAGGCUGCGCUCGAGCCUCUGGUAGACUUCUGGCUUGAGCACUACGACUGGCGCGCGCAAGAAAGCCAUUACAAUAGCACCCUUCCACAGUGGAGAACAACCGUUACGCCCAGCGGACCAGACGGCGAGGAGGCAGUGCAUACACCUCUGCGUGUGCACUUUGUUCACAAGGCUUCUCAACAUCCGAAUGCGAUCCCGCUUCUCUUCGUUCAUGGAUGGCCUGGGAGCUUUCUCGAAGUCAGCAAGGUCAUCGAUGCGCUUACCGAACCGACGACUGCAUCUGCCGCGAACCCAUUCCGGGAUGCUGGAAACCAUGGCGAGACUCGGGUGCGAGCAUUCCAUGUCGUCGCGCCGAGUAUUCCUGGAUUUGGCUUCAGCGACGCUAGUAUGGAUGAAGGAUUCGGAUUAAAGGAGACAGCAGAGAUGUUUGACGUCCUGAUGAAACGACUGGGCUACAAUAAAUACGUGGCGCAUGGUGCCGAUGGGGGCUUCAAGGUGUGUCGAAUGCUGGCGCUGAAAAAUCCUGAGAGCUGUUUGGCGGUCCAUACCAGCUCCUCCAAGCUUCCAAUGCCCGCAUUGCGUCGAAGACCGCUCGAAUGGCUGAAAUACCACACGGCGCGUUUGACCGGUGCGCGCGCGCCCUGGCUUCGCUUUGGGUAUACACCAACGGAUAUGCUUCCGAUCCGGCAUAGCUCUUACGAAAGAGAGUUUCUCGUAACCGACACCUCUUCAAGCAUGCCAUCUGUAAGGUACGCACAGCGCCCUCAGACCACAGCAUACGCGCUGUGCGACUCACCUGUUGGUCUCUUGGCCAGCAUGCUCGACGUAUUGUACACAUCUUCCGACGCCUAUACUUGGACGCCGCGAGAGAUAAUCAAUUGGACGAUGAUGCAGUGGUUACCAGGUCCGGAAGCUGGGCUACGUUGGCUGCGACAGGUACAGGCGGACACCUCCUUUCUCUGGGAUGACUACAGCGCAGUCCCUUUGGGCAUCAGUCAGUUCAAAACUAGUGGCGAGACAUCGAGUCCGCCAGUAUGGGCUGCGGCCUUUCAGAAUCUGAAAUGGGUGAAGAGACAUGAACGGUUCGCGAGAUGCCCGGCUUGGGACGCGCCAGAGCAAUUGGUCCUCGACAUCCGGGACUUCGUGAGGGAGAUGAUUUAUGGUCGACAUGUGAACUUCGAGAUCCAUGCAAACGAAGUGCAACCGCUGGAACUUACCGACGCUGACGCUGGUAGACCUCAGUAA